AUGAACCAACCGCUGCCAUCAAACACAAAGGAUUUGGAUAUUCCGCUCCACACGAUUGGCUUUGAACUUGACUGCCUUUCGCCUGAAAAGGUCUCGGGCCAUGUUAUGAUCACUGAAAAGUGCUGUCAGCCGUUCAAGGUGCUGCAUGGAGGGGUUUCGGCACUAAUAGCCGAGUCUCUAGCAAGCAUUGGGGCCUACCUUGCUUCAGGCCUUCAGAGAGUAGCUGGCGUCCACCUCAGCAUCAAUCACCUAAAGAGUGCAAAGUUAGGCGACUAUGUUGUUGCGGAGGCUACUCCUUUUAGAAUACCAUGA